UUGUGAGAGCGAGGACAGGUGGUACUCCUCUCUCUGGAACCAAUCAGUGGCAGGGCCAGAGGUCACCGCUAUAUCAGCUCUGCAGUCUGACAUAACUCGUAUUCAAAAACAGCUGCGACGAGUAUUUGGAAGUUUUGCAAAGGACCAACUUUUGAAGACAUUUUAAUUGUGAUUUUGAACUCGUCUCCUGAAGUCAUGGCACCAAUCUUACUUAACUGUAUGGGGAAUGACCACAAUGAGUACAUCAAACAAAAAGUCCAAGUGAAAAAUCCCUACUUGGACACCAUGGAGGAGGAUAUUCUCUAUCACUUCAGCUUGAGCACCAAGACUCACAACCUUCCAGAAAUGUUUGGUGAUAUUAAGUUUGUGUGUGUUGGAGGCAGUGGGAAUCGAAUGAAGGCUUUUGCUCAGUUCAUCCACCGGGAGCUGGACCUGCCCGGAAACCCAGAGGAAAUCGGAGAUAUAUGUGAGGGAACUGAUCGCUACUGCAUGUAUAAAGUGGGACCAGUGCUCUCUAUAAGUCACGGCAUGGGCGUCCCUUCCAUCUCCAUCAUGCUGCAUGAGCUCAUCAAACUGCUGCACCACGCUCAGUGCCGUGACGUGGUCCUGUUUCGCCUUGGAACAUCCGGUGGAGUCGGUCUGGCUCCAGGGACAGUGGUGGUCACGGAUAAAGCAGUGGACUACUCCUUCCGCCCCCAGUUUGAGCAGGUUGUCCUGGGUAAAGUCAUCACUAGGAGCACUGAGCUGGAUGAGGGAGUGGCCGGCGAGCUUUUGCAGUGCUCCUCUGAGCUCCAAAACAUUCCUACAGUGAUUGGGAACACCAUGUGCACCCAUGACUUCUAUGAAGGUCAAGGCCGACUCGACGGAGCUCUCUGCUCCUUCUCUCAUGAAGAAAAACUGGAGUAUCUGAGGCAAGCGUACGACGCUGGAGUGAGAAAUAUUGAAAUGGAGUCCACUGUAUUUGCUGCUAUGUGCCGUGUCUGUGGCCUAAAAGCUGCUGUGAUCUGUGUUACAUUGCUGAACCGCUUCGAUGGAGACCAGAUCACCUCCUCUCAUGAUGUUCUGGUGGAGUUCCAGCAGAGACCUCAAGUCCUCGUGUCUCACUUUAUCAAGAAACGCCUGGGACUUAUUGUCUGAGACCCUGAUGUCUCCCAUCCCAACCCCAGCCUCCCAAAUAAGAGUGUAUAUAGCUGAUAUGUGAAUAUGUAUAUGUACUGUACUUACCAUGUUUAUAUGUGUAUUCCGCUUAUUUCAAAAGCUGUGUAAAUUUGUAUGAUUUCAUUGAUGAAGUUUAAAUAUUAAGCAUGUGGCAUUUAUAUAUAUGUAAGUAUGUAUUUUAUCUUUUAAUAUUUAAUAGUAUUUAUGUAAGCUAACAUUAAUUUUCUAAAGAAGGUGCUCUGUAUGUUGAUUUUAAUGUUUGACUUACACUUAUAUCUCAAUAAAAAUGCUGGUUGUGGAGCAGCAAGUUUGCAA